CGACAUUUUCUCUCGCCGCUGCUGCUUCUCUCUCUCUCUCUCUCUCUCUAAAGUGGGAAGGACUUUUUCGCGUUAUUCUCUCUCAUCAAACCACAACAAUGGCUGACGAAACUAGCAGAACUGCAUUCAUGGAGAUUCAAGGUCGGAUGAUAGAGAUCACCGCCAAACUCAAGCAGGUGCAGAACCAGAUGAGGAGCAAAGAAGGUGAAAAGAAGCGCGCUUUCUUAACCUUGGAGGAGCUUCGCCACUUGUCCGAUGACACCAAUACCUAUAAAUCUAUUGGGCGAACGUUCGUUUUAGAGCCCAAGGCAGUGUUAAUGAAUGAACAAGAACAGAAGUUCAAGGAUAGCGAAACCGCAGUUUCCUCAUUGCAGAGCUCAAAGGAGUAUUUAGAGAAACAAAAGGCGGAAGUGGAGAACAACUUGAGGGAGUUGUUGAGCCAAGAUCCAGGCCUUGCUCGUCAGAUAAUGUCCAUGACUGUCAUGUGAACCACAACCCACCCUUACAUUUACAUUACAAUGUUAUAGAUUUCUUCGUCACUUGUGUUUCAUUAUCAUUACACACUCCUCUUGGCUUUUUGGGCAAAGUAAACACAACAGCAUUAAUUCAAAGAAGGGCAAUCAGGCUUUGUGUUAUUCGACCCUGUACCUUCUUUAUUGUCCAUGUUGUGGGUGGUACUAACUCUUUGGUUGCUUACUGCUUUUGAUAUCUCAGUUACUCCAAGCAAGUAAUCAGUUACUUUUAGAUGGAGUGUCAUGUUAUCAACAAAUCUAUUUUUGUGUUUAAAAUGUUUGGUUUUAUGUGUG